AGUCUUUCUCUCUCCAACCACCACCGUGUCAUGAUAGACCAUCUUUUGGGUCGCCCGAAUCCAUCCUGGAAAAGAAUCCAGGUGGUUCUAGUAAUAUUCUUCUGGCUGUGGAGGAUUCUACGCGGGAAUCCUGGCGGACCGCGUCUGCUGUGGAUUAGGCGUGCCAAUAGAGCUCUUCGACGCUUCACUCCAUGGCAACUUGUCGUGAGCACUCUGACUGGCGUGUAUGCCGUGCGAAACCUUGACAGGAUCCUGGGUCUUGGCUCACCGGAGCCACUUGCCGAGCUGUAUUCUCCAGCCUACUAUCGCGCCACAUGGAUUAGCACCGGACUGGACGCCGGAUUUGCUACCGCCAUGACCAUACGGCCUAAGUGGCUGAGGGACCUCUGCUCAGUGAUGUUCUCGCUGUACUAUAUUGUCUAUGCUAAUGAAGCCGACGAGAAGCUACGCAAAUUCCGCGCAGUUCCCACUGUAGAGAUGCUCAGAUCGACAUGGGAGAAGACGACUAAUCCUUAUAUUCGCGCACUUACCUACUACCCCAAGGUUACCAUUCGCCGCAAGCUCCUUCUAUCGCGACCUAAUGAUUCCACUUAUACCCGGCGCGUCACGGCAUGGCUAUACUUUGCACCUCCAGAGCAUCAACUAUCAAGGGCUAACGACCUAAUUCUUGACGUUCCCGGAGGCGGCUUCAUCUCAAUGACGCCGGAACAUCAUGAAGAACGCCUGCGUAUGUGGGCGGUGCAUACGGGAAAACCGGUUCUAUCCAUUGAUUAUGGCAAGGCGCCAGAAUAUCCAUAUCCAUACGCCAUCGACGAGUGCUUUGAUGUAUACCGGAUCCUUAUGGAAACUGGAGGUCGGGUCAUCGGCAUGUCUGGUCACAAAUUGAACGUAAUCAUCUCGGGAGAUUCAGCUGGAGCUCAGAUUGCGACUUCUGUAAUGUUCAGGAUAUUAGAGACCCAGCUGAAUGUUCCGCUUCCGUUGGCGCUAGUGCUGAACUACCCUUGUCUUGAUUUCAACUUCACAUCAUGGAUGUCACCCUCCAAUCUGCGUGUGCUACAGUCCGAGGAGUCAUUUGGCCAUCUUGCCGGCCUCGCAGCACAGAAGGACCACUAUGGGCAUAUUAGUCCAUUGUCCAUGGUUGGAGACCGCCGGCCCAUUCGCAGGCGAAAGAGCUGGCGCGAUGCCCUGCGCAACCUGGCGUCUCCAACCUCGGAUAAGAAGCCGCUGCCCCGCCCACGCCGCCCGUCGCCAUCCGUGAGAAACGGUAAGAACGCGAAAACAGACGCAAGGGCGGCCAAUGGCCAUUCUGUGCUUGGCUUCGACGAGGCUGGUGAGAUGGCGGACGUAGAGGAUGAUGCGGACCUGACGCCCCUGAAGGAGGAAGACAAGCCCAUCUUGGCCCGUGUGAGGUUCCAUCCUCAGGUGGACGAAUUCAUAUUGGAACAACAACAGAAAGAAGCAGAAGCGCAGCAGGUCCAGUUGCCAGUAGACAAGGCACCUAUCGGAACCAGACUGACGAUGACGAGCCGCACGGGGUACUUCUCGGACCGCAUAAUUCCGCCUAGUAUGAUGCGUGCCAUGGCCAUUCUGUACAUCGGGCCGUAUCGCAACCCUGACUUCAGCACCGAUUACUACAUCUCUCCGAUCCUCGCGCCAAGUCACCUGCUUGCGCGACUUCCUCCCAUCCUGAUGUCGUGCGGCGAGAAGGAUCCAUUCGUCGACGACACCGUCAUCUUCGCUGGACGUGUGCGCGAGGCAAAGUGGGCGCGCAGGGCAGAGUUGGAUGCUGCGCUCUCAGGCGAGAGCGCCAAGCCCGUUGAGCACUUGCUCAACGGCACGGCGAGGACUCUGAGCCAAGAGGAGACGCAGCGCGCGCUUCGGCGCGAGCGCGAGCUGCUCGCCGGGCAGGGCGAGGAGGACUGGGUGACGAUGCGUAUAUUCUCGGAGUGGAGCCAUGGGUAUCUGCAGAUGCCGAUGCUGAUGCAGGAGGCGCGCACGGCGAUAUACGACCUUGCUGACUGGAUAGACGAACAGUUCGGGAAGAAGGAGCUCGGCUCUGCGACGAAACGUGAUACGAACGGGGCAGCCAACGGGUCGGCGCGCGGGAAGCGCAUUUCGCAGCCUGCGCGUGGGAUGCGGCUGACGAUCCCCUCGCGCACGGAGGAUGGGUUCACGUCCGUGACUUCUGAUACCGAACUGGAGACGGAAACGGACGAUGCGUUGACGUUCUCUCCGAAGAAGAGAGUGACGCCACCGCUGUCCUCCGAUGUGACCGGUGCUAACGGGAAGUCCCUCUCGCCGCCUCGGGUGCUUGCAGGGUCUUUAUCUCCUCCUGGUAGGGGGAAGCACAGCCGCUCGGAGAGUGCCUCUCGUAGGCGUGCUGGUAAGGCAGACGACAACCCGUCCGAAACGGAGCUUCCAGCAACUCCGCGGUUUGAUCUGCUUCAAGAUGUCGUCGGGCAGCCCAUCGCACAGGGCACUGCCGGCGGACAGAAACCUAGACAACGCGAGUCGUCGCCCGGGUUCUCGAGCAGGACGGGGACUCCUGGAAAGUCGGGACAAACUAUCUCGGAAUCCGAAUUGAUGAGGAGACGUCGUCUGCUCGACUCUCAUUUGAUCUCUGAUCCGAAGUAACUUUGAUGCUUUAGCUCGUUCUUGGACUAUGCUCUGCUUGUAGUGGUAUAAUUGAUGUAUGAAGUGCGAUAGCUGGAUUUGUGUAAGUGUAGAAUGGAGUGUAAUUACGGGACAUCGAUCCGCAUAGGAACGCAUGCUACCUAUCUAGUCUCGUUCAGAGGACCU